AUGGCCCGCAAGGCAGCGAAGCAGUCGGACGCGAUCUCGGAGGCGAUCGCGGCCAGCUUUCCCGGCGCGACCGUGCAGAGCAAGCGCGAGCUCUGCUCGCUCUGGGCUGGCUACGGAAGCAUCUACCAGGUGUUCCUCUCAAACGGCAAUGCAGUCAUCGUCAAGUCGAUCACGCCACCGCGCUCCAACUCGGUCUCGAACCAACGCAAGCUCCGGUCGUAUGAAGUCGAAGGCUACUUUUACGCGCAGCUCGCACCCAAGUCGCUCGCGCGGGUGCCCAUGGUGCAUGCGAUCGAGCGCUACGACGGUCCGAGCUUUUGCUUUGUGCUUGAAGACCUCUCGGCGCCCUUUCCCGACAACACGUACUCGCUGCAAGGCGUCUACUUGGACGCGGCGCUCGACUGGCUGGCCAACUUUCACGCUUCGUACUGGAAUCACGCCAACGACGAUGAUGGCGUCGGGCGCGAUGGCGGCUACUGGUACCUCGCGACGCGCCAGGAGGAGCUCGCGUCCAUGGGCACCGACAGCCUCGCGACCAAGCUCAAGGCGCAGGCUGCUGCGAUUGACGCCAAGACGCGCGACCCGCAGUACGAGACGCUUUUGCACGGCGACGCCAAAUCGGCCAACAUGCUCUGGAAAAAGGCAACGGAUGGCAGCAUCACGUGUGCGUGGGUCGACUUCCAGUACGUGGGCCAGGGCCUCGGCGCCCGCGACCUCGCGUACCUUCUCUGCUCGAGCACGAGUCGCUCCGCGCUCCGCGACCUCGAUGCGCUCCUCCAGCGCUACUUGGAUACGUUCUUGUCGGCGAUGGCAACGCUUGGGAAGGACCCGCACGGGUACAACUUGGCCAAGCUCAAGGAGCACUUCCAUUGGUGCCUCCUGGACUACGUGCGCUUCAUGGCGGGCUGGGGCUUCUGGGGCAACUACGACUGGGCCAUUGCCGAAACCAAGCACUUGCUGGCGUAG